UAAUUUUGUUAAUCCAGCGGAUGGUGGCUGACUUUUACGGUGGGAAAAUCUUACUAAAGGUUAAUCUUUAUGUUCGUGCAGACCUAGUGGUUGCUAGUGCUGGUGACGAUAAAAAGAUAUCACUUUGGAAUAAAAAUGGCCAAAGUAUGGGAUCCUUUCCUUCUCACGGCAGCGACCUUGCUGAUGACAUUGAGGAAUCCAUAAAUUGUAUCAGCUUUAGUAAUAAAAGUUCUAGAUAUCUUUGCUCUGGAGGAAGUGGGCAUAUUGUCAAAAUAUGGGACCUGCAGAGGAAAAGGUGCAUCAAACGGUUGAGUGGUCAUAUUGACACAAUUACAGGUGUAAUGUACAACUGCAAAGAUGAACAUUUAGCAUCCAUCAACGAGAAGGGGGAUCUCAUACUUCAUUAUCUUGCUUCCGGAACACGGGCUGAACUCAAGGAUCCAAAUGGGCAGGUACUAAGAGUACUUGAUUAUUCUCGAUUUAGUCGACAUCUUUUGUCAACAGCUGGGGAUGAUGGAUCUGUUCAUAUUUGGGAUACAACUGGUCGCAGACCAAAGGUUUCUUGGUUGAAACAGCAUUCUGCCCCAACAACUGGUAUUUGCUUCUCUCCAUCAAGUGACAAGAUUAUUGUUACAGUUGGUCUUGAUAAAAAGUUGUAUAUGUUUGAUUCUGGAACAAAAAGACCCUCAUAUUGCAUGCCUUUUGAGGCACCCUUCUCAUCGCUGGCAUACUAUGAUGAUGGUAAUCUAUUGGCUGCUGGGACAAAUAAUAGACGUGUAGUAUUCUAUGAUGUUCGAGGGAAACCUCAACCUUUCACAGUUCUUCGUGCAUACAGUAGUUCAGAGGCAAGGGAACUGAAGCCAAAAGAUGUCAAAGUCGUAUGUAACUACCCAGAGGUAUUCCCGGAUGAACUACCAGGGUUAGCACCUGACCGAGAAAUCGAGUUCGAAAUUGAAUUGAUCCCUGGAACAAAGCCGAUCUCUAAAGCACCUUACCGUAUGGUGCCGGCUGAAUUGGAGGAACUUCAAAAACAGCUACGGGAGUUGCUCGACAAGGGACUUAUCCGACCUAGUCACUCACCAUGGGGGGCUCCGAUACUGUUCGUUAAAAAGAAAGAUGGGUCUAUGCGAAUGUGCAUAGAUUAUCGAGCACUGAAUAAAGUUACAAUCAAGAACAGAUAUCCCCUACCACGGAUUGAUGAUCUGUUCGACCAGUUGAAGGGGGCCACUGUUUUCUCCAAGAUUGACUUGAGAUCUGGCUAUCAUCAAGUGAAGGGCAGCUCUUACCCACCGCUUCCACCGACCAGUGAUUUUUUUAGUCAUCUUCGAGAUGAUAUUUUUAGAUGGUUUGACUCCCUAGAAACUAAGAUGACCGAUCAGUAUAACUCUCUCCAAGGACAAAUUAUGGAUUUUCAGCAAGAGAUGGCUGAUCGAGCUGAUGCUUUUGAGAGGGAGCAGCGUAGGAUGUUUGACUAUCUUCGUGCUACAGAUGAUGAUAAGGACGAGUGA